GAGUGUGACACAUUUGAUUGUGUGGAUAAUAUGAUUGAAGAAUUAGUUCCAAAACGGGAGUUUUUCUUACAAUGUCUGUAAAGUAAAAUGUGAACGGAACCUAUCAAUGUGUUUGAUCAAUAUGCCCAAACGAGAAUCCCGCUUGUCUCAUGGCGAAUUGACAAUGACGUUACGUUUUGCACCUGACGAAAUUUGCUGCAGUUUUUCAACGAAUUGAAGAACUGCUUUCUCGUUUUGUAUGCUGCACAAGCGGUAGAUGUCGCCGAGAAUGCUGCUCCGAAAAAAAAAUAGUACCUAUUCCUCUAUCCCGUUAUUGUGGAACGCAGUGGCGUAGUGCAUUCUUGUAUGACCUGUUGAAGAACCAGAGUUGAGAACUUUCUCUGGGAGUUAAACCGGAGAAACGCGCUGUUGCUGACGGAAUUGCAACGUCUAGCAUUUGAGACUUUUUCACAGCAUGAUGAGAACUUCCAACCUUCUGCGCUGGACAAAUAACACUAAGAAUGGCAGCAACAACAAAAGCAACAACAAAAAUUGGAUUCACACACCGGAAUCUCUCAUGCACGGCCACAUCGCCUAUCUAGUCAAGUUUUUGGGAAAUACGGACGUUGAACAUCCUAAAGGGAUUGAAGUAGUGAAAGAAGGCAUUCGCAAGCUGCGUUUUUCUCAACAGCUUCGCAAAGCCGAAGGCCAACGAACCCCAAAAGUUGAAUUGACUGUCUCCGUUGAUGGUGUCGCCAUUCAAGAACCGAAAGGAAAGCGAAUUCUUCAUCAGUAUCCCCUUCAUCGUAUUUCCUAUUGUGCAGACGAUAAAGCGGAAAAGAAGUUUUUCAGUUUUAUCGCCAAAGAAGAGGAUUCGGAAAAACAUACCUGCUAUGUUUUUGUUAGUGACAAACUGGCCGAGGAAAUAACAUUGACUAUUGGUCAAGCCUUUGACCUGGCCUACCGUCGAUUUUUAGAAAGCAGUGGGCGAGAAGUCGAAGGCCGUCGACAAGUGAGCCAACUGCAGGAAAAGCUUGACAACUUGGAACGUCAAAAUCAAGUCCUCCGUCGUCGCCUUCUCGAAUUGAGCAAUUUGGUCGACAAUAAUAAAAUGGCUGGAUUCUUAGAAUCCGAAGGGGUGUCCAACGUGUUGGAUGUGGCGCUGGAUUCGGAGAAUGUUUCCUCAUUGAACGGUUCCACAACUACAACCAACCGAUCGACUAACGGUGGGAAACAGGAUGAGACACUGAUCAACUUUCACACUAAUGACAGACCCAAUACGGUACCGCAAAUAAACAAUCAGUAUCCAAAUUUGCCACCAGUUCCACCUCGAUCUUUUGAAGCCAAAGGAGUGAAAUCCGACAUCGCCAUGGGAGAUUUUGUUGAAAGCGACGAUGACUUUGAUCCUCGUGGUAGCGAUACUACAAUUAUGAAUAACAACGCACGCAACGCCACCAUAAAUGUGCCUUUAGGAUUUCUUUCAACACUACAACCCAAAAUCGAAAAGAAAAACGGAAAAAGCCCGCAUGAGAAGGAUAUUUUCGGCGCAGAACCGUUUGGAGAAAAUAGCACCGACCCCUUUGGUAUGGCAGAUUUCGGACGAGUCGUUUCGCAGACAGACCAAGAAAUUAAUUUCAACACGGGUGUCUUAAAUCGGCGUAUGACUGAAAUGCAAGAAGGUUUCACACGAGGAAUUUCAUUUGAAGGCGACGAUUUUAAUCUGGAAAGCCUAGAUCCUCUACGUCUUUGAAAGCUUCACACAAAAAAAGUACUUAAUACCGGAAAUAUACUUCUAAUGGCGCCGUGCGAUGUUUGUCGUGGUGCUGAUGGAUAAACACUAUUAGCCUUAUGUUGGUGGGAAAUUGCCUGUUUCGUGAAACAUUCCUUGAAGCGCUUUUUAGCAUUGCACUCAAACCAAGUAAAAAAAGUUAUACUUCGCCCACUCAAGCGACAGCGAUUUAAAAUGCACAAUGGAUUGGGUCAGGGCCAUGGCAGGCCCAUUUUGUCAAUUGGAUGCCAUGUAAAAAGAGAAUCCUAGAACUUUUUCUGCUGUGCUUUAACUAACACUCUAGCUUCACAUUAUUCCAAGUCUUCAAAUCAGAUAACAUCAGUCCUGGCCGACUUUCAAAACAUUUAUGAUAAGAAACAUCACUGUAACUGAACAUUCUAUAUAAGAAGCAUGCCCUUAUAACUUUUACUAUGUACUAUCGAAAACAGUUCUAAUAUCAUGUGAGCGACUGAUGGUUCUAAAAACGAAAUAUAUUUAGCAACCUUAUAAGGUUUGGUUAUUUUUUCUGGGUUGUUUAGAUUUUUAUAGGUUACACCAGUUACACUGUACUUUAUUACUCACAUUGGAUGCUUAUUAUGAAAUGAUGUCAAAAACUCAAUACAAUAUCAUACUGUACAUUAA